AUGAAGCUACUUCUACUACUUGGUCUUUUCCUUUUCACAGUUUAUGGAACCUCUUUGCGGAGGGGACGACGAGAACACAAAAUGGACAACUGGAUGACCGAAGAGCAAAAAGCAGAUUUGGCUGAACUGAAGAAAAGCGGCUCUCUUGAUGAAAUGAAGAAAAAGAUCAUGGAAAUGUACAGUGCGCUUCCGGAAGAGAAAAGAAAGGAAUUAGAUGCACAUUACAAACAGGAAUGUGCAAAUUGGGUGAAAAAGGUGGCCACUCAAGAAGAAAUGGCUGAGCUCAAAUCCCUUCAUGAGGCCGGGAAUAACAAAGAAGUUUUGGCAAAACUAACCGACUACAAGACGAGACUCGAUGCUGAGGAGAGAAAAAUGGUUGAUGUUUGGGCGGGUGAAUGCAAAGAGUUAUGGUUCGGAAAAACGACGACAAUGAAACGAAAAAGAAAAGACAUCAAUACACUCAUCGAUAAACAUCUCUCUUGGUUGACCGAUGCGCAGAAACAAGAGAUCAGAGAUUUGAAAGCUGCUGGGAAAUCGAACACAGAGAUCAAGGAGAAAGUACUCACUUUCUUCCAAAAUCUCGAUGGAGAAGCAAGAAAAAAAACGCAGAAGAAAUUGACUGAUGAUUGCUAUGCUUGGCUGAGCAAAGUCGCGUCGAAAGCCGAGAUCGACGCUCUUCACAAAUUGCACGAGACAGAUCAUGCACAAUGCAAGACGAAUGUCCGCGAAUACAUUAAACGUCUUCCAGAGAGCGAACAAGAUGGAGUUUUGAAGAACCUACCGUUCUGCGAGAAGAUCUGGUAUGGAGAUCACGAUCAUUCCGGACAUUCGGCACAUGGAUCACAUCAUGGACAUCAUAAAUUCAGAAGAACCCUUCACCACUCUCGCAGAGCUCGUCGCCACGAGGAUCACAAUUUAGAGAACAGUCUAAAGGAGACUUUCGAUUGGUUGUCUGAUGAGCAGAAAAAUGUGAUUCGUGGAUUGGAAAAUGAUAAAGCGGCUCUGUACAAAAAGCUUGGGGAGUUCUUCAAAGAGGCGCCCGUCGACGUGAAACCAAUUGCUGUCGAGAAAAUGAAAAAUGCUUGCAGGCACUUGAUGGCUGAUGCAAUUGGUGAGGAGAAAGUCGCCGAGUUGAAGAAACUUCGCGAAACCGGAGCUGCUAAUGAACAAAUUGGAGCCAAGGCUGAAGAGUAUCUCGACGGAGCGGCCGAGAGCCCGGCGAAGGCUCGUAUGUUGGAGGCGAAAGAAGGAUGCACGAAAGUGUACUACUGGAAAGCGGAA